AUGAAGAUAGAACUAUCUGUAUGGAUAGGUCUAAUGCAAGUCUUCCAUGAUUGCAUCUCCGAUUAUGAACGGUUUGACUUAGGUUUUGAGGGUUACAAGUUUUCCUGGCCACGCAUCCGUUCUGACUAUGCUUCUUUACUAAUCUCUUGGGGUAAUGGUGACCGUUCCCAAGGAGUGAGAAGAGUCCCUUUCAUUCUGAGGUCAUUUAUAUGGGUGGACAAUAAAGAAUGUGAAGAGGUUAUACAGUCAACAUGGGAGUCUCUUGGUGAAAAUUUGAACCUUUCGGACAACAGGGGUAAAAUUUCAGCUUGCAAAAAGGACCUGACAUCAUGGAAUAACCAGAAGUUUGGGAACAUUACUUAUCAAAUCAGAAUGCUGAGGGCGAAAAUAGGACCUCUCCAAAUGGUUCAGCAAACUGAUGAUAUUAUCUCAAACAAAAGGCUCGUGAAGAUGAAAUGGACGUGUUGA